UCCGCAACAAAAUUCUUGCAUUACUCAAAACUACUUCAAAAAGUCAAAAUAAAUAAUUAUUUCAAUCAGCCGUUCAAAAUGAAAACUCCAGUUUUUGGUGAGCUCAACACUUUUGAAGUGUCCGUCCUGUGCAGUUUAAUGCCAGCUGUUUUUAUUUUCCUUUGGUCUUUGAUAACCGGCGAUAUAAAGAAUUUUGAAGGUAGUCGCCUGGCCUAUUCAGAGUACACCGCAAAAGAUCCUAUAAAUUGUUACCAAAAUUAUGUUGAGCAAAAGUCCAAGGAUACUUAAGGAUACUCCAGAUUAUAAAUAAAUAUAAAAUGUAUUAAAAAUUGUUAUCUACACCAAUGUUUCUUGUGUAAAUAAGUCCUUUUGCCUGUAAACACAGUAAAUUUACCGCCUGGUCACACUGACUAAAGCAAUAGA